AUGGCUGGCGACGAGGAUUCCAGCCUGUUCCCGAACAUGGCCCAAAAGCUCGCCGCGCCGAAAAAGAUGUCGGAGAUGGAGCGGAACAAACGCGCCGCCGAGGAGAAGCAGAAGAAAGAGGAGGCUUUACAGGCUGAGACCCUACGAGAGUUCGAAGAGGCUUUUGGCGUUGCUCCUCCAUCUCGGCAAUCGGAAUUCCAGUCGCGAUAUCCACCAUCCGGCCCGGGACAUGGUGGCUCAGGGUUUCGUCGAGGACCGCCUGGCGCAUCUUUUUACGAUGAACCUCCACCAGGCCCUCGCCGGAGUGGUCCAGGAAGUCUCGAAGGGCUCGCCGCGCCUCCGAUAUCGAUACAAGAGCGCAAGCGGCGACGAGCGAUGGAGGAGGAUGAAGCUGCACGCGCCCGGGAAUCCGAUGGUUAUGCCACAGGUUCAAAAGCUGGGCACGAUACGCCGAAUCGGCGAAAAGAAAGGGAUACCGUGACGGCGCCCAAGAACAGUGUUCGCUUGUCCAAUUUGCCUCCAUCUAUCACAGAACGUCAAAUCAAGAAUUUGCUCCGAGGACACCUUCAAGUUUUCUCAAUCGAUAUCACGGAGCAGCCCAAUGUGCAUGGUGUCGGCCGUAGAUCCAUGACUGCUGUAGUCGUUCUCGAGACAGGUACUACAACCACGGCAAUCGAGAAAGCUACUAGUGUUCUGAAAGAUAAAUACCUCGGCUGUGGCUACUCGCUCAUCAUUUCUCGCUAUCUUCCGUCAGACGUGCUACAUCAGGGCAUGCCUGACGACAGUUUUGUUCCCGUAGACACGCCAUUCGGAGCCCGGCCCAUGAAGCAGAACUUUUCAAAUUCAACAAUGGGUAAUCUCAGCCGUGCGCCGCCACCCUCUGAUUUCGCGCCUCCAGGUUCUUACGAGGCAGGAAUUCCGCCGGGGAACGUCUUCCAUGCACCAGCUGAAGCGGUCGUGCAAGUUCGUGUUCCCAAGGACCUGCAAGUGACACAGCUCAUACAUCUGAUGGCAAGUUGGUAUCAUUCUCAAGAAGACAUGAACCUCGCACUGGAAAAGGAAAGCCAGCUGAUGGCUGCCCCGCAAGUCCAGAACAACCCUCUUUUCUCAUUUCUAUACGACUGUACCGGCGACGCUGGUGUUUACUUUCGUUGGCUCUUGUGGAAUCCGCAAGGUCUCGGCGCUCUUAGCGGUCACAAACGCGUCAACUCCACACCAGUCCGGAUUCACGACGAUGUCCCCAUUGACUGGAUUCCUCCCACACUUCACAUGCCCUUUUCUGACGUGACCGAGAUUUCCGAGAUUUUGGAGCAUCUCGAUUUCGAUUCUGAUGACGAAUGCGACGAUGACAUGCCUGGCUAUCGCGAAGAGGAUCCUAUCCCUGGAGACGAAGAUAUGCUUGGUCCUCUGCGGCGUGCGCGACUUUCACGAAUGCUGGCAUGUUUGCCACCCUCCCGGGCCUUUCUCGAGCGGCGUCAUGUGGCACCGAUUCAAAAUUUUGUCAUGAAGCACGCCGGACGUGGUGCCCUGGAAAUCGUCGAUAUUAUCCAGAUGAACAUCAACCGGCCGUUCAACGCGUCUGGCUUUACUAUCGCUGUUCCACCACCUGGGGACUCCGACGAAGACGAUGACGAAUUCAUGCACCAAGACUUGCCAACCAAUGGUGAUGAGAGCUCUCACCAAGACUCUUCCACGACCAUAACUGCUCAGACAUACAACCCCGCCACCCGCACGCCAGCUCCACCCGAUAUUCUCACGGACGCCAAAUUAGUUAGUCUCGACAUUGUCACUGCCGUCUGCGUCGCCUCCUACCAGUCCGCGACACCUGGCUCCCACCGUUACCGGAAGCUUUUCCCAGAAGCCUUCCUCGAAGCAGGAGUAAUAGUGGGCCUCGCCGAGACUCCGACGGAAUACGGCUGGGGCAUGAUCAAAACGGAUCGUUGGGAGCGUAGGAUACGCGCAGUAUUCAAGGUCUGGGAGGAGUGUAACUGCUUCACAAUGGAUGAGAUUCAGUCUUUCAGGAGGAUUUUCGAUGGGGUGAUCGCGGGAAGACAUAAGAAGGCGGCAGAGGAGAAGAAUGAAAGUGGCGAUCAAGCCGCCCUGGCAAAGCCGAUCUUCAAAAGCGUCGAGGAUGUUAUGGCGGAGCGGGAAGCCGCAGAACUUGGCGCGACUGGUGAAGUAGAUGACCUGAAUUCCGAGGAUUCCGAGGAUGACGAUCAUGAUCGCGAGAUCGACGGUGUGCCGAUCGAUCUCACAAGACUUAGAAUUGCGAAGGCCGUAGACGGAGCUCUAACGUGGCAGUUGUUCGAUUCAAGCGACGAAAAACUCGAGGCGAUCUAUCGACCUAUCUUCGAAGAGCAACGUACGGCAGUGCACGAAGCAGAUGAGGUACUCGUGGAUGCUCCGGCUACCGAUGACACAGCAGCAGUAGUGCCUCCGCAGCCCAAGGUCGCGGAGGCAAAAAAGGUCACGGAGGCGGUCUCAUCGCCAGCACCGAAAGAAAAGAAAGACAUCGACAUGUUCGCUGACGAUGACAGCGAGUGA